AUGGCUUCUCAAAAUCAAAAAUUCGGCUUUGGUAAUGAAGUUUUUGGUGUUCCAUUGGAAGAGUCUAUAAAUGUUGCUGAAAGCUUGAUUUCCGUUCCAAGUGAUUCGCCUGAUGAUUUUAUUCACUAUGGCAGAAUACCUCUAUUAGUUGGUAAAUGUGGUUCUUAUUUGAAAGAAAAAGGUUUGAAAGUUGAAGGUAUCUUUAGAGUCGCUGGAGCUUCAAGAAGAGUUAAAGAAUUGCAAUAUAUUUUCAGCACACCUCCUGAAUAUGGUAGAAAGUUGAACUGGGAUGGAUAUACAGUACAUGAUGCUGCUUCUUUGAUCAGAAGAUAUUUGAAUAAUUUACCAGAACCUUUAGUUCCUUUGAAUCUUUAUGAAGAAUUUAGAGAGCCUCAGAAAAAAAUUGCAAAAGAUUUGAGAAAUGCAUUAAAAGAAUACAGACAAUUGAUUGACAAACUACCACAGGCUCAAAGACAACUGUUGUACUAUUUAUUGGAUAUUUUGUCAAUGUUUGCAGAUAAUUCUAAAGACAAUUUGAUGCCUGCAAGAAACUUAGCAGCUAUUUUCCAACCUUCAAUUUUAUCACAUCCUGAUCAUGAUUUAACACCUGAAGAAUAUGCAUUAUCUCAAGCAGUGGUGGAACUAUUGAUUGAAUAUUCCAAAAGAUUAUUACCAGAUGUA